UUACAGCAUGACCCUCCCCUUUUCUAGGGUGAGAUCGAUAAAUGAGCCAUGUCUGAAUUCUGAUCGGGUCAUAGAGUAAUUUAACAGUGUAGUUUUUUUAUUAAAUACAUGAUCUGCAUAAGAAAUAAUGUAAACCUUGUGUGCCAUUGAUACAUAAAGGGUGUCACAUUUUCUCAUUAUUGUGCUGGGAAUAGAACUCAGCAGAUAAACAAUGUGUGCAUCACACAAGCACUCUUUUGAGGGAAAGAAAAGAAAGUUGUCACUACCGUGUAAUUUUACCCUUGAUAUGAUGGCAUCAAGUGAAUACAAGGAUAUAGGGAUUUUCAACCUAAAAAGUUUAAUCGGCAAUUACGAUGAGCUUGCAAUGAACUUCUAGACUAUUCGCAGCUUUCUGACUUGUGAAAGACUUGAUCAAGCACAUCUUUUGGAGUCAGCGUGGGUCAUUGAUUCACUUCAACCUGUUCAUUCACUGAUAUCCUGGGUACUCCAUCACCUCACUCUGUACCCCUUAAUAUCUUUGAUUAAAACAAAAUUUGUCCAUCACAUUUUAAAAAUUAAUAUUUAAUGUGGCAUCAUUUAUCCUGUUCAAAAAAGUAUUCCGAAUUUGUGUCAGGUUUUCUGUGUUAAGGCAUUUUCCACAUUUACACCUGAAAGGCCUGGCUUUAUAUUUUAGUCUCUGCUCCCUGGUUUUGCAUCCUCAGGACUUUCCUCUCAGUCCCUCCUAACAUCAUUGUAAAUUUCAAUCAAAUUAGUCUUCAACCGUAUACAUUACAGGAAAAGCAACCAAGGUUGAAAUAAUUCUUCCUUGGAGUCCAAGUAUCAUUUUGGUAAAAUAUACUUGAGUCCAAAGCAGCUGAGCAUUUUCUUCAUCUAUUAAUGAUGCAAGCUGUCUGUUGAUGUAUUAAAAAAAAUUAGUGUGUAGAAUGAGUCUUAAUUUAAGCUUGUUCAAAGAUUAUUUUAAAAUCAAUCUUCAACUUUUUGGAACAAGCUGCAAAAUUAAGCUUCUACAUUUAGUAAGCACUGCAGAAUCACUGACUUAAAAAUAAAAUUUACCCUGGUAUAUCCAUAUUGUUCAUGAAUAUUUUGCAACACCUUGAAAAUGAGACGUGUUCUGUCCUUACUCUGCCAAUGUUUGUUACAGGUCACGGGCUUUAAUUAUUUUUACAAUUGUGUGUUGAAACCCUCCAGAAAAACUGUUGCUCCCAAGUAACACCAAGGCUGCAUUUGAGGUACAUUACGCUGUAAAGUUUCUUGGGCUCUGGGACAGAGUGAGUAGGAGAUGGUGUCCUCGGGUGCGAUGUAUAUGAAACAUUCUCAACUACAGUGUCAAUUUCAGUACAUUUCUUUGCUUCCAAUAUCUCACUUCUCCGCCCGCAACCAUUUUUGUUUAUUUACUUAUGAGAUCUUAUCGGCAAGGCUGAUAUUUAUUAUCUAAACAUCCCUAGUGACACUACAGGAAAUGAGUAGGUUUCUUGAAUCUCUAUAAUCUUGCAGUGGGAAUUCCAGGAUUUGAACUGAGUGACCACGAAUGAAUUAAAACAUAUUUCCAAUUCAUACAUUUAAUUUCCAAUUAAAUAUGAUUUUAAAUAUUUUAUAAAAUCUUUCCAUUUCCUCAUUAAUGUAUCUUACUCCAUUUCUACUAAGCAGUCUAGAUUAGUCAAAUUUUAAACUAAGUCAGUGUGAUUGGUCUGUCUGGUUCUCCCGCCUCAGAUUUUUAACCAUACUGAAAUGUUUGCUCACCUUUUAGUUUUUCUUGGUUUUGGUGAUCAUUUACGAAUGAAAGAUUAACAUUGUUUUACUUUUUACAGAUAUGACCCACGUGUUUCUUCCAUUAUUUUUAGAGUAGAUUUCAGGAGAGGAUGCAACCAAGAUGAUUAAGUUUUUACAGUGUUUAUUUUCACAAUAUUUCUAAAGCUGUGUGGUUGAUAGAACUGGGGACAAACUAUUGCAAGUCUUGUAUUAGGAUACUGCCACAACAUGCUUCUCGUGACUGGGGUUCUGCAAAAUAAGCUGGUCUAAAAAUGAGAUGAGAAAGAUGUGUGUAGAGCUAUAAGAAAUCAAGAGUUUUAUAGUAUAAAUUGAAAUAGAAAUAAGAAUAUUCAGACCGAGGUUGAAAGUGUGAAGGCCAGCGGUGAGACAAGAGGUUAGUAGUCAGAUCUUCUGUUAUGGAAACUGAGCCUUUUUCUUAGGUUGAAUAUUAUUUCCAUACUUAAUUCCUCCCGCUCAGCAUGUACCCUGUGUUAAGUAUUCUAUCGGUGAUGUAAUGACGGACUCCUGCUAUGACAGCUGUUGUGCUGCUUAAACAAGGAUGAUGUCAUAGGACUGAUUUCUCAGGGAAUGUGUAUCCUCGCUUGCUUUUGUGUGAUCUUGAUGCAGAAUGCCCCUCUGAAUGACCGCUUUGUGGUUCACUGAAUGCAGGAUUUUGGGGGAUACAUUUCCAUAAAUCCUUCUCUCCUCACUAGCUACAGCCGUGAGCUUUUAUGCUCGAUAUCCAUGUACAUGAAAUGAGGAGUUGAACCCAGAAGCCUUACAAUUACAUUGUUCUUUCCUGAUCAUCCUUGACUUGUGGCUUGAUGUUUAUUGAACAAAGAGCUCGGUCUUUGAAGAGAGUUUAAUGCGGAGAAUCUCUGGCAGCAGCAGUGUGCACACUCUCAGCAAGGCUGCCUUCAUCGAGAAGGUGCGGGAGAGCAACGCGGCGUGUCAGAGCGGAGACUUCACCACUGGCCUGCAGCUCUACACUGAGGCCAUAGUCGCCGACCCCCAGAACUGCAUUCUGUACAGCAACCGGUCGGCCGUGCUGGUGAAAGUGAACGAGUACGAGAGAGCACUGGAUGAUGCUGUCAAAGCACGACUCCUGAACCCCAAAUGGUCAAAGGCAUACUUCCGACAGGGUGUUGCUCUCCAGUACCUUGGCCGGCAUGCAGAUGCGCUGGCUGCGUUUGCGUCGGGGCUGGCUCAGGAUCCAAAGAGCCUGCAGCUGCUGGUCGGGAUGGUGGAGGCCACCAUGAAGUCUCCUCUCCGAGAGUCCCUGGAACCGACAUAUCAGAAGCUACAGAAGAUGAAGCUAGACAAGAGUCCAUUUGUGGUGGUGUCUGUCAUUGGGCAGGAGCUGCUCACCGCAGCGCACCACAGCGCCUCUGUCGUGGUUCUGGAGGCUGCGCUGAAGAUUGGAACGUGCAGCUUGAAGCUCCGCGGCUCCGUGUUCUCUGCCCUGAGCAGUGCUUACUGGGCGUUAGGGAAUACCGAGAAGAGUAUUGGCUAUAUGCAGCAGGACUUCGAUGUAGCCAAGACUUUAGGUGACCACACGGGCGAGUGCCGGGCCCAUGGCAACCUGGGAUCGGCAUUCUUCUCCAGCGGCAACUACCGCGAGGCCCUCAACAACCACCGACUCCAGCUCGUGCUGGCGAUGAAGCUCAAAGAUCGCGAGGCAGCAUCCUCAGCAUUGAGCAGCCUAGGUCAUGUCUACACAGCUAUUGGAGACUACCCAAAUGCACUGGCCAGUCACAAGCAGUGCGUUCUUCUAGCGAAACAAUCCAAAGACGAGCUCUCAGAAGCCAGAGAACUGGGCAACAUGGGGGCUGUUUACAUCGCGAUGGGCGACUUUGAAAAUGCAGUGCAGUGCCAUGAGCAGCAUCUCAGGAUUGCCAAGGAGCUGGGCAACAAGCGGGAGGAGGCACGAGCUUACAGCAACCUGGGCAGUGCCUACCACUACCGGAGGAACUUUGACAAGGCAAUGUCCUACCACAACCACGUGCUGGAGCUUGCACAGGAGCUGGGCGAGAAGUCCAUUGAGAUGCGGGCGUACGCGGGCUUGGGCCAUGCGGCGCGCUGCAUGCAGGACCUGGAAAGAGCAAAGCAGUAUCACGAGCAGCAGCUGAGCAUCGCGGAGAACCAGAAGGACCGGGCAGCAGAGGGACGAGCUUCCUCGAACCUUGGUAUAAUCCACCAGAUGAAAGGAGAUUACGAAGCUGCGCUGAAGCUCCACAAGACCCACCUGUCCAUUGCCCAGGAGCUGAAUGACUAUGCGGCACAGGGUCGAGCCUACGGGAACAUGGGCAACGCCCACAACGCACUGGGCUCCUACGACCAGGCGGUGAAGUAUCACCGGCAGGAGCUGCAGAUCUCCAUGGAGGUUAAUGAUCGGGCGUCACAGGCCUCGACCCACGGUAACCUCGCUGUUGCCUACCAGGCCCUGGGUGCCCACGACCGGGCCCUGCAACACUACCAGAACCACCUGAACAUUGCCCGGGAGUUACGGGAUAUACAAAGCGAAGCCCGGGCCCUCAGCAACCUAGGCAACUUCCACUGCUCCAGAGCAGAGUACGUUCAGGCCGUUCCCUACUAUGAACAGUACCUGCGCUUGUCUCCUGACCUACAGGAUAUGGAAGGUGAAGGGAAAGUGUGCCACAACCUCGGUUAUGCACACUACUGUCUCGGAAGCUACCAAGAGGCCGUCAAAUACUAUGAGCAAGAUUUGGCCCUGGCCAAGGACUUGCAUGAUAAACUCAGCCAGGCAAAGGCCUACUGCAACUUAGGGCUGGCUUUUAAGGCCCUGACUAACUACACUAAAGCCGAGGAAUGUCAGAAAUAUGUUCUGUCCCUUGCCCAGUCCCUGAACAAUUCUCAAGCCAAAUUUCGAGCAUUGGGCAAUUUGGGUGAUAUUUUGGUGUGCAAGAAAGAUGUGAAUGGUGCAGUUAAGUUUUAUGAACAGCAGUUGGCUUUGGCUCAUCAGAUUAAAGAUCGGAAGCUUGAAGCCUCAGCCUAUGCAGCUCUGGGUACUGCCUACAGGCUGAUACAGAAACAUGACAAGGCUCUGGGAUAUCACACACAAGAGCUUGAGGUUUAUCAGGAAUUGGGCGACUUGUUGGGAGAAUGUAAGGCGCACGGCCACCUUGCCGCAGUCUACAUGGCACUUGGCAAAUACACCAUGGCCUUCAAGUGUUACCAGGAACAGUUGGACUUGGGGCAGAAGCUCAAAAAUCCCAACAUUGAGGCGCAAGUGUACGGCAACAUGGGAAUCACUAAAAUGAACAUGAAUGUAAUGGAAGAUGCCAUCGGCUACUUCGAACAGCAGCUUGCGACGCUGCAGCAGUUGAGCGGCAAUGAUGCAGUCCUGGAUCGAGGGCACGCUUAUGGCAACCUGGGGGAUUGCUACGAGGCACUCGGAGAUUACGAAGAAGCUGUAAAAUAUCAUGAGCAGUUCUUGACAGUGGCUCAGAGUUUAAAUCGGAUGCAGGAACAAGCUAAAGCUUAUCGGGGACUUGGAAAUGGACAUCGGGCUAUGGGGAACCUGCAACAAGCUCUCGUGUGCUUUGAGAAGAGGCUGGUGGUGGCCCAUGAACUUGGCGAGUCUUCCAACAAAGCCCAGGCGUACGGUGAGCUCGGAAGCUUACACAGCCAGCUGGGCAACUACGAGCAGGCCAUCUCGUGCCUCGAGCGGCAACUAAACAUUGCCCGCGAAAUGAAAAACCGAAUCUUGGAGAGCGAUGCGGCCUGUGGCCUGGGUGGAGUUUACCAACAGAUGGCCGAAUACGAAACCUCGCUGCAGUACCAUCAGCUGGACUUGGAGAUCGCAGAGGAAACAAGCAACCCCACGUGUCAGGGCCGUGCCUACGGGAACCUGGGGCUGACCUACGAAUCACUGGGAAACUAUGAACGGGCCGUAAUGUACCAGGAGCAGCACCUGAGUAUCGCUGCUCAGAUGAAUGACUUGGUGGCUAAAACCAUUGCCUACAGCAGCUUAGGAAGAACGCACCAUGCCUUGCAGAACUACUCGCAGGCAGUCAUGUACUUACAGGAAGGUUUGAGACUGGCGGAACAACUUGGUCGCAGAGAAGAUGAAGCUAAGAUCAGGCACCGUUUGGGACUUUCACUGUGGGUCAGUCGAAACCUCGAGGAGGCACAACACCAGCUUUAUCGAGCAUCUGCUUUAUUUGAAAAUAUCCGCCACGAGGCACAGCACAGCACCGAUUAUAAACUUUCCCUCUUCGACCUCCAAACAUCCUCCUAUCAAGCUUUGCAACGCGUUCUGGUCAGCCUGGGUCGUCACGAUGAGGCACUGGCUGUGGCUGAGAGGGGGCGGACGAGGGCAUUUGCUGACCUUCUGGUCGAACGGCAAACUGGGCAGCAAGUGUCUGACUCAUUGACUCCUGUUACCAUUGAACAAAUUCUGGAAGCCAUCAACAAUCAGCGCAGUCUGGUACUAUACUACUCCCUCGCAGCGGGCUACCUCUACAGCUGGUUACUGGCACCAGGAGCAGGCAUAUUAAAAUUUCAUGAAUGCUAUUUGGGCGAUGGCCUGGCUGACAACAACAAUGAUUUUAAUGAAACCAGUAGCCUCAACCUGCAGACAUCCAGCUUCUCCACUCUCGAGCAGUACGUGACCAAUGUCCGAGAAGCUCUCGGCAUUGAUUCCUACUACACCAGGAUGUGCUCAAACAGUGAAACAGAGAGCGAGGCUGGGGACCUCGCCGAUCAGCAGUUUGAGGACAUGAACAACAAAGUGACUUCCGUCACUGACCCAACAGGGUUCCUCAGAAUGGUCAACAGGAACAACCUCUUCAAUAGAAGCUGCCAGAGUAUGAGCAGUCUGUUCAGCAGCAACACGUCGAGUCUCCAAGAUUCCACCUCGUCCCUACCCCGAAAGUUGGGCUCUUCCAGUAAACAACCUCUCCGUGCCCUCUACGACAUCCUCAUCUCACCCAUGGAAGGGGGACUGAUGCAUUCUAGUGGUCCUGUCGGUCGCCACAGACAGCUGGUGUUGGUCCUGGAAGGAGAGCUCUAUCUCAUUCCCUUCGCUCUGCUGAAAGGAAGCUCCUCUAAUGAGUACCUCUACGAACGGUUCAGUAUCAUUGCUGUUCCCUCCAUCAGGGCCUUUCAAGCAAGCCCCAAGUCCCAUCUCCGGAAGAGCCUGUCGGUGUGCAGCUCGUCCAGCUCGAUGGCAGCGGUGGUGGGUAACCCGCGUCUGCCCGGGGCCGUGAUGGAUCGCUGGCUCUGGGGGCCCAUGCCAUCGGCGGAGGAGGAGGCCUACAUGGUGGGGGAGCUGCUGGGCUGCCAGCCGUUGGUCAGCGGCGCGGCCACCAAGGAGCGGGUGGCCAGCGUGCUCGGGCAGGCCGAGUGCGUCCACUUCGCCACGCACAUCUCCUGGAAGCUCGCCGCCCUGGUCCUCACGCCCAACAGCGACGGCAGCACGGUGAGCGGGAAGAGCUCUCUGGGGAACAGUUACACCAUCCCGGAGUCGCUGAGGAUGCAGGACGACGCGAGUGACGUGGAGAGUAUAACGGACAGCCCCCCGCUGCAGGAGUUCCUCUUGACCGCCGCAGACAUAUUGGACUUGCACCUGCCCGCCAAGCUCAUCGUCCUGGGCUCCUACCAGGAAUCCAACAACAAAGUGACGGCAGACGGCAUCAUUGGACUGACGCGGGCUUUCCUCGCCGCCGGGGCACAGUGUGUUUUGGUUUCCCUCUGGCCCGUGCCCAUGGCAGCAUCCAAGAUGUUCGUUCACACCUUCUACUCCUCCCUGCUCAACGGAAUGAAGUCUAGCGCCGCGCUCGGAGAAGCCAUGAAGAUUGUCCAGAGCAGCAAGCUGUUCGCGCAUCCUUCAAACUGGGCAGGCUUCACACUGAUCGGGAAUGAUGUUAAACUGAACAGCCCAUCGUCCCUCAUCGGCCAAGCACUGUCUGAGAUCCUGCAGCACGCUGACCGUGCUCGAGACGCUCUGCGGGUGUUACUCCACCUGGUGGAGAAGUCCCUGCAGCGGAUCCAGAACGGCCAGCGGAACUCCAUGUACACGUCCCAGCAUAGCGUGGAGAACAAGGUGGGCGGCGUUCCAGGCUGGCAGUCGCUGCUGAUGGCCGUCGGAUUCCGGCUUGACCCUCCGGCCAGCGGGCUCCCUGCGGCCGUCUUCUUCCCAGUCUCUGACCCUGGGGAUCGGCUCCAGCAGUGCAGCACCACGCUCCAGGCACUCCUAGGGUUACCCCACGCUGCUCUCCAGGCUCUCUGCAAACUUAUCUCGGCCUCAGAGACAGGAGAACAACUUAUUAAUCGGGCUGUAAAAAAUAUGGUUGGAUUGCUCCACCAAGUCCUCGUUCAACUUCAGACUGGCGAGAAAGAACAGGACUUUUGUACAGCACCCAUUCAACUGUCCAUCAGCGUCCAGCUCUGGCGACUGCCCGGAUGUCACGAGUUCCUGGCCGCUUUAGGCUUUGACCUGUGUGAGGUGGGCCAAGAAGAGGUGGUGUUGAAGACCGGGAAACAGGCAAACAGGAAGACCAUGCACUUCGCUCUCCAGUCUCUGCUGGCACUCUUUGAUUCCACGGAGCUGCCGAAAAGACUCAGCCUGGACAGCUCCUCCUCGCUGGAAUCUCUCUCCUCGUCUCAAUCGGUCUCCAAUGCAGCAGGACAGAUGAACCCACCGUUCUCCCCCACUUACGGGGACUCGAUGGCCUCCGACGCCAUCUCUGUGUACAGCCUCAGCUCCAUCGCCUCCUCCAUGAGCUUCGCGUCCAAGACGGACAUCACCGGGGAAGGGGUGCUCCAGCGGGGGAGGCUGGACUACGAGAGGCCGAAGAAUGUCUACCCGCACAAGGCGGCGGCGAUGUUGGCGAGUGGCUCUUCCCCACAGUCGAACAACGCGAGCAGGGACGAGGAGGAGUACGAUGGCUUCUCCAUCAUCAGCAGCGAGCCGCUGAGUCUGUACACUGAUAGCCUCAAGGCGUCUGCCUCGGCCGACAAAGAGAGGACUACUGAGCCCAGCCACAGUCUGGGCGACAGGCACACGCUCAAAGCAAACGCGAGCGCAUCCAGCUCCCCGGCUAAAAUGGUGCUCAUCCCCAGUGCAAACUCACCCUUCCAGAAAGUGGGGUCCAGAAAUAAACUGCCGAGCUCAGACACGGGCGAGUCCGACCAGUCCAGCACGGAGACGGACAGCACGGUGAAGUCUCAGGAGGAGAAAGUGUCCAAACUUAAUCCCCAGGAGUUGGCGCAGAAGAUCUUGGAGGAGACGCAGAGCCACCUGCUCGCUGUGGAGCGACUGUAUCAGAGCAGCGGGCCAGGCAACCAGAGGAGCUCCACUGAGGUGGACAGCAGCGCGGUGGGUCAUCACGGACCCUCAUCGUCUUUUAAGUCUUCGGACACGAGUGCGUUCAGCAAGCCCCCGGCCAGCACUGGGCAGAAGAAGCAGCCGUCUCCUGUCCCUGCAAAACCAAAGCCUCCCACACGCAGCUCCUCGCUGCAAAAGGUCAACUCAGGAAGCAGCACCCCGACCAGCGACACCACCGAGGCGGGGAUGUCAGCGGGGGACAGCAGGCAGACCACAGCCCCCUCGUCCCCGGUGAUGGAUCCAUGCCACUCGCCCGCUUUCCCACCCGACCAGUCGCCGGUGAAGAUUAAAUACCCCAGCUCCCCGUACAGCGGCCACAUCUCCAGGUCUCCGAGUUCCGGGCAGCAGUCCCCGGCCGGGAGCAACCCUUCCCCAGCCCUGUCCUACUCGUCGGCCGGCUCCGCUCGCUCCAGCCCGGCCGACAUCCCCGACCUGAGCAGGCUGAAAAUGACCGCCAUCGACGAGAAGGUCAAAGCCGUCCAUAACCUCAAAACUUUCUGGGCUAGUGCCACGCAGUCAGCGUCUAGACCUGUCCGCGCACUGCGCUCCAACCCUUCUCUCGCCGGCUCCAAGGCAGAUGCUCUAAGUUAUUUGAAUCUCUCUCCGGCCAGGCGCGCCAAGAAGGAGGGGAAAGAGGACAGGCUGGAACUCAAGGAAUUUUCCAAGAUCCCCCACUCAGACAAGAAGGCCCAGAACGGCAGCGGAGCUCACCAAGAGACCAGUAAACCCGCAGACACAACGCAACCAACAAACAGCCUUCAGAGGGAGGUGCGCCCGUUGAGACUCCCCUCCGGGAAUGGUUAUAAAUUCUUGUCUCCUCGAAAGUUUCUUCCCACCUCGAAAUGCUGAAACCACCUGAACCAGCCAUGCCAUUUUCUUUAGUGUUCAUUGCCUGAUGUCCUUGUGGGACGAGCAUGUUACAAGUCUACAGCGUCGCGCAGGCAACCCUUUGUAAACUGAACGUUUCUGUGUGGCGUGAACAGUACUACAAAUUUUUAUACUGUUAAAGAAAGAAAAAAGCAAAAAAAAACCUCCUGUGUACAAAUGUCAUAUUUUUAUUGAAUCCAGAAUGGCAUUUUGCCUUGUUUCUUAGUCAUUUAAUGGUUGAUAUUGGUUUAUAAAUGUCAAAAGAAAAUCACAUUGCAAUGUCAUCCACAGUCAUAGUAUUUGUUGGAAGUACAUAAUAAACUAGGCUUGACAGUU